AUGUUCCUUCCCAAAAGGCCUCCUCUACCCGGGCGGCGACCCCCCAUCUGCCGCCGGCAGGCUACCCAGCUGCGCGUGAAGCAACGUGACACUCGUCAGCCCGCACGGCCCGGUUCGGUAGGCGGCCAGCAUAAACGGCUCCAAAGCACAUGGGAGGAGCAUGGACGGCAGCGGAGGAAGGAAGUGUUCCGGACACAUUAA